AAAGCCGGUCGUUAAUUUCCGUUCGUUUCCGCCGAAGGGGCCCGAAGCGGCAGCGGCAGCGGCGACGACGACGACGACAAAGACGCGCCUUUUAAAAAAAAACUGAAAUAAAUAAAUAGUUUUUAAUGCGAUUUGACGUGAUGUUUUUUAAAAAGUGUGAGUGUGAAUGGGGUUGUUUGUCAGCGGGUUGUAAAUAGUUUGCGGAUUGUUGAUGAUAUUUUGAUUGAAGCGCGGGGGCCCCCCCGCACGCGGGGGAUUCCGGGUAAAGUGAAUUGAUAUUCAAAAUGGCGGAUGGAGCGUCCAAAGAUGAAAAGCCAGAAUCGAGAAUGAGCAAUCCGUCAGAGUCUAUCAAGCCUUCCUUGGAUGGCAGUGAAGGGAGCACAGGUGCCCAAACAAAUGGACUGGAUUUCCAGCGGCAGCCCAUCCCAACAGGAGGCCCACUCACAACAGCACAGGCUCAGGCCUUACUGGGACAGCUGCACCAGGUUAACUACAUGUCAGAUGUGACGAACAGAUGCUUAUAUGUACAACUUGCUGGAACAACUUUGCAGCCAACUGCUUCACAAACAUUAAAUUUGCAGGUAAAAAGUGAAGAAUCAGGGGAUUCUUCAUCCCAGCAAACGACAACCCAGCCUUCGCUGCAGCCAUCUUUACAGACCACCCUUCCACAGACGCAGCUUAUGCUUGCUGGAGGGCAGAUCACUGGGCUCACGUUGACAACAGCGCAACAACAGUUGUUACUCCAGCAAGCACAGGCCCAGCUGCUGGCUGCUGCAGUUCAACACUCAGCAAAUCAGCAGCACAAUACCACAGGAACUACCAUCUCUGCCACAGCAGCAACGCCUAUGGCACAAAUACCCAUCACACAACCAAUCCAAAUACAAGAUCUGCAACAGUUACAACAGUUGCAGCAACAGAACUUGAAUCUGCAGCAGUUUGUUCUGGUGCAGCCCGGUCACCCAAUCACCACCAACCUGCAGCCGACGCAGUUCAUCAUCUCACAAACGCCACAGGGGCAACAAGGUCUCGUACAAGCCCAGAACCUUCUACAACAACUACCUCAGCAAAGCCAAGCCAACCUCCUGCAGUCUCAGCCAAACAUCACCUUCAGCACGCAGCCAGCAACACCGACACGCACAACGAUAGCAACAACUCCUAUCCAGUCGGUUCAGCAGAGCCAGUCGACACCAAAGCGCGUAGAUACUCCAAACAUAGAGGAGCCUAGUGAUCUUGAGGAACUUGAACAGUUUGCCAAGACGUUUAAACAGAGACGUAUCAAACUUGGGUUUACUCAGGGUGAUGUAGGACUUGCCAUGGGAAAACUCUAUGGAAAUGAUUUCAGCCAAACCACAAUCUCUCGUUUUGAAGCCUUGAACCUCAGCUUUAAGAACAUGUGCAAGCUCAAACCAUUGCUUGAAAAGUGGUUGAAUGAUGCAGAAAAUCUGUCAGUAGACUCUGCACUGUCAAAUCCCAGCUCCUUGGCUUCGCCAGGCCUGGGAAUCGAAGGGCUGAGCCGCAGGAGAAAGAAACGCACCAGCAUAGAGACCAAUGUUCGAGUGGCCUUAGAAAAGAGUUUCCUGGAGAACCAAAAGCCUACCUCGGAGGAGAUCAUGAUGAUUGCCGAUCAGCUGCAGAUGGAAAAGGAGGUGAUCCGAGUCUGGUUCUGUAACAGACGCCAGAAGGAGAAGCGGAUUAAUCCACCCAGCAGUAACAGCGGCACUACCACUUCUACCAAAACAAUUUUUCACAACCCCACCUCCAUGGUAGCCAGCACUAGUAACCUCGUGACAAGUAGUACACCGACUACUCUGGCUGUAAAUGCAAUGCAGAUGCCUGUAUCCAGCUCUGGUGUGACCAACUUCAGCAUUUCAGGUACAACUGCAUCAGGGACAGCUCCUACAAACGUGGCAUCUGUAAUCACCGGCCUGUCUUCUGCAGUUUCUACGUCAUCAGUCACUUCUCCAUCUCUAACCCCUUCACCAUCAGCAUCCAUUUCAGUGACUGAGUCAUCUAGCAGCAGUGAUGCAAAUACCACACAGUCAACCUCAACUGGCUUAGUAAACCCUCUGUGCACAAGCCAAAUCACGGUGUCAGCAUCUGGACUGCAGACGGGUGCCACUGCGCUACAAGCAGCAGCUGCACAGGUAUCCACUGGUGCUGGCCUUGCCACCAAUCCAGGCCUAGCUGCCAUGGCUGCUGCUGCAGGACUAGCCAAUCCUGGCCUCAUGUCAGCCCCUCAGUUUGCAGCUGGAGGUGCCUUACUAAGUCUGAAUCCAGGGAGUCUUGGUGGUGCUCUCGGUCCAGCAUUAAUGAGUAAUAGCACACUGGCAACUAUUCAAGCGCUUGCAUCUAGUGGAACACUUCCUAUAACCUCCCUUGAUGCCAGUGGAAAUCUAUUGUUUGCCAAUGCAGCGAACCCAGGGGGUACUCCAAACAUCGUUACAGCCCCUCUUUUUUUGAACCCACAAAACCUCUCCUUACUCACCAGCAACCCAGCCGUAAGCCUGAUAUCCGCUGCCGGGACAACUGGACAUGCAGCCAGUCUCCAGAUGGCCUCUAUGUCAGCUGAUUCCAGCCAGAACUCUUCGUUCACUGUGACCUCAGCAGGUGGGGCCACCAACACCACCAAGGCCCAAUGAGACAUCCUCCCUAGAGUGGAUCAUUUAAUCCAGUGAUGGGAUGUGUAGUUGGCUGCUUCCAGCAAAAGCAAAACUGAUGUUUGCCUAAUUUUUUUAACUUGCUUGUUUUUCAGGAUUGUGUCACAAAUGACAAAAAAGACUUCUACCAAAAAGGAAACACGUGAAUAUUUAUCGUUUCAGACGGUCGUAACAAUAUAGGAGUCAUAAACAAUGCAUAGGCAAGGGUUCUGUCUCCUUUAGUAUCUAUUUUAUUAGUUCUUUUUAAUUGUGUGUUUAUUUUAAUUAGGUCUGUUGUACAGGCCUUUUUGUUUCAUAAAGGUGUUUAUAUCAUGUAUAAAUAGCAUGGGUUUCUUUAACUGGUACAGUUUAGGCAGGCCUGUACUUGGGAUGCUUGUGCAUCUUUUUUUUCCCGUGUAAACCGUUAAGAAAAUUACAUUGGGUUUUUAUUUUUUUCUUCUUGUUAAUGUCUCUUGAAAUGGUAUCCUUUCUUUUAAAAAAAAAGGUUGUUCCUUGUCGGGUACACUGUAGAUUUAUGCACCGUUUGUAUAAAGUGGUUUACUGUUGGUUAUUUUUGUAGGAAAGAUUCAAAGAUAGAUGCUUUGAGACAAAAGUUCACAAACUGGUGGUUUUAAAAACAUUCUUGGUUUUUAAAAUGGCUUAGUAUGUCUGUCCUUCCUAAAUGUAAGGUUGGGUAUGUUAGGAAAUGUCAUACCAUCGGAGAUAUUGAUCCACACGGCUGAACAACUGGAAAUGGAGGAGACUUUAUAGUCAGUGGAUCAUGGGUAUCUUGUGAAGCUUUUGUCUUUGCUUGGAUACUGAAGCCAGUUGGAACCAUCAUGGAAUAUGGUAGAGAUAAGCAAACUGCAAAUAAACCAGGCUAACCAUGGAAAGCAGUCUUCAGUGGGAAAAAUUCAUUAUCUAGUUUCCUGAAACUGAUUUAUUUAUAGAAACUAGAAAAUGUUUAUUCCCUAUAGAGUUUGAUAACAUAUCUAAUGUUGGCUCAAUUUGGCGUUUGUUUAUCGUUAAAGGAAAAUAGGGUUGUUUUGAGACAAGAGGCUUACAGUAUGCACAAUAUGGCUUGAACCAUUGCUGUAAGCAUAUUAAAACCAAAAAUUAAAGGACUGGAGUAGAGCAUUGCAGUUCACAUGGAGUAAAAAUGGUGCCUGUCAUUUUCUGCCAGUGUGUUUGUGUAAGUGAGGGAUAAGGAUUGCAUUACAAGCUAGAAUGAUAACUAUGGUCGCGCUGACCAUCAUGCCCAAUUGGUUAAUAAACAACAUGUUUAGUUGCCCAUUACGUAUGGACUUUGUGCUGAGUUGCCCACUGGAAAUGAAUGUGGGGUAUAAUUUUCUUCAGUAUAGAAGCAUGUGAUAUUUCCUGAUAAACACAUUGCUGAUUCUUUAACAAAUAAUGUGCUUGCAUCAAGCAAGUGUUCAUCCGGACAUCUCUGUGCUCUGUUGCUGACUGUUCACCCAUAUUUGCUGCACUGAGACAGUGUGUAAAUUUACUUAAACAAACUAGGUACUUGAAUUAAUCUUGUCAUUGGAAUUUACUUGGGUUAUGUUGUUCUUUGUGCUGGUAAUAGUGACUGGAUACAGUUAAACCAGUUUCUUACUCUUAAAAAUAAUGACAGCCACCAUUUUUUCCCUGUUGGUAACUACAUUUAUCUCCUUUUCAAGACGUAAAAAUGCAGCAUUGGUAGGGCUACUCUACCAAGCUGCAAAUAAAAUGAAUAUGGCUGCCUACCAAAUAUGGACAGCUAUUAAAAGCUUGAACCAAAGUCAGUUUUACCUAGCUGCUGUACCAAUGACAUUGUUUGCAUGAGUGCAGUUAAUAGGCAUCAGUAAUUUAGUUGCUCCUGUUCAUAAAAGGUAAACAGUUACUAUUUUCUACUUUUUAAUGUCGUUUUUCAGGUAAAGGAAUCUUCAAACAUGAACUUUACAUUGUUGCAGAGUAGUAACCAUUUUGUCAAGAGUCUGGUGCAACCAGUUUUCAUUGGGCAAUUCAAAUUUUCUGGAUGGCUAAAUGUAGACUGGUGUUAGUGAUAUUACGGAGGUUGAAAAUAUUAUUUCAAGAUAUACAAACCCUAAGAGUGUCUAAAUGUACAAAAUAGAUCCUGCGACAGAUUGUACUGCUGCAGAACUUGUAUCCUUCUAGUUUAUGUACUCUUGUACUAUUUUCACUGGAUAGCCAAUCACAUUUUAGAGGAAUAUUGUUACUGUCCUAAUAAUGGAUUCUGGACUUUGGACCAGUGGGAUAUGUUUGGACCCCAUGCACAAAUGUAAACUGGAACCCUUUAUUCCUGUAAGGCAGGUAUUUACAAUUUUCCCAGGUCUUUCUGUAAUUCCACCGCCCACCCAACCCAAAUCAUAUGUAUGAAACUUCUGCCCUCUUCACUGUUGUCUCACGUUGCACUAUAUUUUAAUGGCACCCAAAGUACAAAAAUGUGCAUAGUACUUGUGCAUUGAAAGAAUUAAUGAUGUAUCAGAAGUACAAACUAUGCAAUGGAAGCUAUCUUAAAGACCAGUUGUCUACAGUCACAUCAGUGCCAAUAAUAAAUUGGUCCUCAUAUAUAAUGUGCCAUGCAGCAAAAAGAUUUCCUCAUAAUGCUAGCUGAGUGCUUGAAUAAAGGUGAGGUCCUUUCCCAGAGGAGACCUUCACUUCCUCUCAUAUUUCAUACUCUCUCAGUAGCUUGGCUCAAGUCUUGGAAACAGGUUGCCCAACUAGUUUUUCAUUUAGGGAAUUGUGUAAAAAGCAAAUAGAAAGUAAAUUGGCCAGGCGAGUUACAACCAAUGUUGUACAACUGAUGUCAGCCCAAUGGAUUGGGUAUGGCUUUCAUUGCAUGCUGUUGCACGUUAAGCAGAUUUGAAUUAAAGAAUAAAACUGGUUCAUUAGUUUAUUGUUAACCCUUUGAAAGGCUGAAGGCUUUUACAGUUUCUGAGAACCUUUUGUUGCUCCUCAUUUUUCCACUUAAGUAAUUUGCUCCAUAAGUAACAAACGUAAUGUUCUAAAAGGCAGCAAGAAGAAAAAUAAGCAUUAAGGCAUAUCUAAGAUAGCUGUUUCAGUUUUAAAUGCAAAACAAAGCUGAAUGCUGGCCAUUGACAGAGGUAAGACACAAAAGUUGAGGAAAUACACCAAAAAAAUUUUUUUAAGUAAUGCUUUGUAGCUGACCUCAGAUCACAGUUUUUGAACCUAACUGGGCUAGUUUUAAUUGUUCAUUGUGUCUCUAAAUAACUGAAAAUUAAAUUGGGGCAGAUUUCUUAAUUUUGUGCUCCUCCUUAAUGGGUUAAAAUUUUGUUACAAAGGUGGUCAGUAUAUCACUGUAUUAGUCUGUUGCAAAGAGAAUCUUGCUUGAAUUGUAGGAUAUUAUAGUUUGAGGUUGAAGCAGUCAAACCGUGAUUCUCAUUCAGGAUUAUUUUUUGCUCUUGUACAAGUUGGAGCUGGGCAGUACUAUUUGCACCAAUGUUGCAAACUCUAAUGGCUACUGUGACGUUGAGGUGUGUGUAUAAAUGGGUUGUAUUAACAGGUUUUUGGAACUGAAUGGCGUACAGAUAAUGAGUACUUUUAGUUGGGAGCAAAAAGUAGUGCAGAGCUGUUAUAGUUACAUUUCAUAACUGGUUAAAAUUACCAUUUAUAACAUGGUCCCAUUUUGACUUAAAAUAAAGUCAGGCACACACUGAUUUAUUCCAUCAAUCCACUUGAAUUGAAGUUGACAUUUUUUCAGAUCAAAUAAAACUGGUAAAAUACAAGUUACUAAUUAAGGUAGGAUAAUAUUUACUUUAAAUCAUAAAACAUUCAUUUUAGAAAUAUUGAAAUCUGGAAGUGCUCUUACUGAUAAUUAACCAAUUUUCUCCAUGAAAAAUAUUUUACUCAUGUUUCUAAGCUCAUAAUCUGUUUUAAAGAAAUUUCUAAAAUGCUGACUUAAUCUUAGUAUUUCAGUUGUCAUUUAACUUUUGCAGCAGUUUUUUUUAGAUCUGUUUGUUAUAAGAAUUUUGGAUGCAAGAGGAUUACAUUUCAAACCUAAAUACGUAAAAUCCAUUAACGGAUGCUUGCAAACUUUUGCAAUUGAGGCAUUUCAAUAGCAUUACCAAAUUCAAAUGCGCCCUGUUGCCUUUAAGACAUGCUCAAAUAUUUCUCCCCCUCAAACUGUUGCGGGUUGUGAAUGGGAAAACAUGGCAAUUUUAAUACUUUUCUUGAAUUCAUUCUAAAACUAGUCCUCUAGUACAAUUUGUAUAUUUUCGUCGAAGAUGCCCAAAAAGGUCUGUUUCUAAAAUAAACCAGGCUAAAUGGGUCUCUUCAUAUUGAUAUGACAUAUUUUCCCAUAUCCUUGGAAUUUAUCAUUUUAUUUCUGGUCAUGCUUUAUAUGUUGUAUAAACACUUGAACCUCAAAAUUUUAAUUACAAAAUAUUGAAUGCAAUAUGUACGUACAUUUAACAUAUUUUCAGUGCAUUUAUGUGCUGUUCCCAACCUUUAAGUAACAAGCUUUUGACUUUGAUCUUCAAAGGCUUGACAUGAAAACUAAAUUUUAAGGUGUGUAAAUGUACAUUUGAUUAAGCCAAAUAAUUAUGGUGUACAUUAUAAAAAAUUGCAACAUAAGUAUGCAAAGUAAACCUCUCAGUUUAAGCAUUAGAUUGGGCCAUAAUUCCACGGUGAAGGUUUUUUGCCCAGUUCUAGUACAAGAGCAUUUUCACGUUUUUAACAGCUUAAUCAGCUAAAAGCUUGUGAUUUCCUAAAAAUCUCCUAAAAGUUAUUUUAGUUUAAUAUUCUGCCAUAAGUAAUAUGCCUUUGUUCUGACAACUUUAGAAUUACAUUUUUGUAUUGUUUGACAAAUCAAGUACACAUUUUUAAUUUAUGUUUUACUCCCUAACUUUUAAAGACUCUUAUUUGGGGAUAUGAUCAGAGUGUCAGUUAAAAUAUGUAUCUAAGUUUUUUUUGGCACCAAAAUUGCCACAACAAUCGUGACAGGCAUCGUCAACCAGGUGAAAGCAGUUAUAAUGGUCCUCUAAGAGAUAUGCCUUAUCCAGUUUUUAAAAAUUGACUUCAGUGAAGUGGAGAAUGUGUAACCCUGCAGGCACUUAUAAUGUAUUUACAAACACAGUUUAGAUCAUGGUUUAUUAACUCCUAAUAAUCAAAAUGACAGCUUAAUUGAUACAGAUGUAUAAUAUUUCUGUAUAGUGUAUAAUCUGUUUCCCCCUCUCUUUUCCCACUUCCACACCCCACUCCCUCACCCCCAGCCCCUCAAAACUCAUCCCUGAAACAAAACAUAAAUGCAAAUUGAUUGUAAAACUGGCAGUGCAACUCUUUGUUGAGGAUUCAAUUCCCUAGUUGUGGCAAUAUCCCAUUUCCUCAAAUAUUGACAGCACUAUUGAACCAAGAGCUACUGAAUAAAGCUUUGAUUAAGAUCCACCCUUUGCUACAGGCAUAACUUAUUAGUAAAAAUCAGUUGGUGAACACAUUGUAAAGUACCUCUGUUGAUUCGAUGAGGUUGUUUCCUGAGCACAAAAUCCAGAAAUUGCCCUUCGACAAUAAUCCAUGAAAUUCAUAGACUCUUACAUCACUGAAGGAGGCUAUUUAGCCCAACUUGCCUGUGUGAUUCUUGAAAGCCAUCUAGUUGGUCUUACUUUGCUGUUAUUUUCCUGUAGUCCACAAAUUUUUACAUAUAUAUCAAAUUCCCUUCUAAAAGUUACUGUUCAGUUUUCUUCUAGCACCUUUUCAGGCAUUGGGUUCCAGAUCAUAUCUUACUGCAUAAAAAAAAAAUUCUCUUCCUCUCCCCUCUGAUCCUUUUACCAAUUAUCUUAAAUCUGUGUCCCCUAUUAGUGGUAAUGUUCUUUCAUUGUGUGUAGCCCUGCUGCUGGAAUAAUGAGUCACUGAUUGUCAUUGAUAUGAUUAUCAUGGUAGGAUAGGGUGAGCACCAUAUCAGGGAACUCCAUCUUAGGCUAAAAGGAAAAAACUGAUAUUCCACCUAACCAAAUUACAAUUGUACUUUCUUUAGAUGUUUAUGAAACUGUUGUAUACCCUGUCGUCGUCCUUUCUGAAAGCUGUACGGCAUUGAGUAAUUCCUGCUCAAGUGAUAGACCAAAUAAUGUAUUUUCCGCAUUUUAGAAGAGCUAAAUUGAGGGUGGGGGGAUAUCCCAUCUGAAUUUAUUAAUAUUAUCCACAAUAUUAUGAUCUUAAAUUCUUUAAAUAAAAAAAUGGCUUUAAGCUAUUUGUGCAAACAUUUUCAUUGGGAAAUGAGACAGAUCUUGCACCCCAUAAGUAGAACAUGAGCAAAAUUUUCCAUCAUUGCAAUCUUUCCAUGGAAAAAGAAAUACCUCAGCAUCGCUUAGCAAUUACGGGCUUGCUUUGCAAACGCAAAAACUGCUCCUGGUGGAUAUGAUUGUAGAUUUAGAAUGUAGUUGUUGAUUUUUGGGUGAUACCCUGUACUUUAAAAAAAAAUGUUCGUGGAUUUAGUUUCUCUCUUUAAAAGGUGAUCUUGAUAACUAAAGAAGCAAAUCAAUUACUUGUGAUUCUAUUUGCCAAAGCAAAUGCCUUCUUUUGCAACUCAAUUAAAAUGUGGCCUAAGUUUUAGCAUGCAUCAUCUCACUGUUUUUAAACUAGUUAAGAUUUGUAUUCUACAUUUUUAAGCAGUACCAUACCAUUCAUUUUUCACUGGCCUUUUGUUAGAAAGGGGUUAGUUCAACAAUGUCAGGGGAAGGGAGAGGGUUCCACUAUAGAAAAGGUGUUUCCUUAAGAAAAGGAAAAGGUGAACAUGUUUUAUCUGUGUUGUAAAUUGAAUGUAGUGUUUGUCACACUAAUAGUUGAGUAAGUUUUUAAACUUUGUAUUAUUAUUGUUGAUAGCAAUGCUAAACAAUUCAGUCUAGACCAAAAAUAUAUCCUGCUCCUUGCACCUGCUUGACUGAUCAAAGAACAAUUGAGUUGAUAUGUGGCUGCGGUUGUCUCCGGUCAUUUGGUUUGUGCUUUAGAAUAACAGAGGCUUAACACUUUUUGACUAUCCUAGCUCUCAUUUUUGUAUCCAGUUGUUGGAAUGAGAAUUUGCAGAGAUUUGGCAGUAAUCUCAAGGUAUCAAACUAGACUGUCUCAUACAGAUAGAUUCAGUAGUAAUUUUUAAUCUGAUAUUUGGAUUCAGAGGUUGCUAUAAGCAUCAGUGAUGUGACUUGACUUUUCUAAGAUAAAGUUCUGUACUGGCAAAUAUUAGGGGUGUGCAAUAAUGUUCUUUGUGUUGUGAGGAUGAGUUGUCCACAUAGCUGACUAUAUUAAGUGGCUGAAUUGGCAACUUUGUCAUUCUUACCUUUUGUACGUAGAUUUUGGGUUAUAAUUACUGUCAAAAUAUGUUUUAGCUAUGUGUCAAAUUAGCUAUUGUUAAUUGUGUCUCUUCCUGUCUUUGUUAAUUUUUUAAGUUUCAUGCAAUAUUACACAUCCAGCUGUGAAAACUGAUUGCAGUUUGAAACAGCUGACCUUUAGAAUCUGGCUUGCUUUUUAAAAAAAACUUCAAAUUCUAUGUUUAUAUAUUUUAAGUAUUGCAGUUUACAUUUUAGCAGCCUGAAAACAAUAUUAAUAAAUGCAUUAUAUUGCACACCCUUAAAUAUUAUCAGUAAAUGAGUUACAGUGUGCUAAAGUGCUAUCCUCCAAAAACAGAUGGUACCAAGUUUGUGUGCCAGCUGCAGCAUGAGUGUAGGUUUAAUAUCAAUAAUAUCCAAAGCUAUUGAAAAACUUGGCAGUACUGUGGGCAUUUAAAAAUUCUAAGAGAGGGCUACAGUGGUGUCACUGAAGAACCACACUUGUGAACCCUGUAUAACAAAUGCCAUUCUAGUGUCAUUACAUAGAGCAGAAGCCUGGUGUUGAUGCUAGUCAAUGGCUAUUGGCCAAUGUUAGUGUUCGCUGUGCCUUUGUAUCAGAAAUUUAAAAUGGUACCAGGGUUGGGCAUUACAAUACUCCAGACUAAAAUUGUUGUGUCAAGAUAUUUGGUAACUUAACUUGCCCCACCAGACAAGGUAACUUGAGUUUUGUUUCCUAAAUAUUGAGUUAUUUUUGCCACAAUUUUAGUUUGGCCGUGUUAAAGUUAUACUUACAAAUAACUAAGUCAUAGUAUCCUGUAGUAUGGAGAUGAACAAAAGGUUUGGAGUAUUUCCUGCUGAGUAUUUCAAGCAUUUUCUGUUUCUAUUCCACUUGAUAUAGCUCCCAAACAACCUGUAAUGCAUUUACUUUUUUCUAGCUCUCCUUCUUUCAAAAGGAAAUUUGAAAUAUUCUAAAACUUUUAAUAAUUUCUGAUGCGGUAUUAAAAAUGUUGCCCAGCUCUUGAUACUGUAUCUGUAUGAAGCGCCCAAUGAAAGCAUUGCAGCUGACUCGGAUGUAAGGAGGCAAGUGGUAUCUGACCAUUUUGGCUUUAUUAUGCUUUCUUUGAUAUGUCCCUAUAUUCACCUAUUAACUAGAAGUACAGUUUCACUAGAAGAAUAAUGAAAUUCUGGUUUAAAAAUGCUUGACUCUAGAGUCAUGAUAUGCUACAAAAAUUCUCUGAGAAAACCAUUUUCCUUUUACCGUGAACUAACUGGUUAUUCAUUUUCUGUGCACUUCCUGUGCAACGAGACCUGAUCAGUACAUCACUAUUUAUCUAUACUUAAACCCUCUCCUCAAUCAUAAAAGGUAACAAUUUAUAAUUAAUCGAACUUUUCAACUGUUGAUAGGCAUAAUAUGCAUGAAAUCUAGUGAUUUAUAUAUAAGCAAGAAUUGUACACCUUAUUCAUGGUGAAUUCAAAUUUGCUGUUACUCUUCAUCCCCUGCCAUUUUCACCCAGACAGUCUCAAAGAAAGCAAAAUAAAAUUGUUAGCUUUUAAUUGGUAGAUACACACUGCUUCAUUGCUAGCAUUAAAGUCCUUCCUAGAAAUUGAGGAAAGGCAGGAAAACCAAUUUGGUGGUUUGGUUAAUAAUUGAUUAAAUAUUCACUUGCAAUCAUUAAAGUAGCAACAAACUAAAUUGAGGAUUCUUAAAGUACAGAAAGUUGGUUACCUUGAGUUUUAUGAAUACAAAAAAUGAAAAAUUUACAACAAACUUGCCCUAGUGGGUUUGCAGGUAGAAUUGAUUCUCAUUUUAGUGGCUGGUUUUGUAAAGAGCUACAUACUCUUGAAGAAUGAUGUAAAAAAAGAAAAUCUUGAUGCAUCCAUUCCAAUUAGACAAGAAGAGCACUUGGAACAAAAGUAUGGGUCAGUUUGUAUAGUAAAUUAAUAAAUGAAGGAUUUCUGAGGAAGAAAAUGAAAUUCUGUCAGAUUUAUUCCCAUGGUUGCUAUGAAUACCAGACAGGUUAAUAUAUUUAAUAUUGUUUGAUCUUUAUAGCAGCCUUAUUAAAAUAUCAUAUAGAAAAGCCCCCAUAUAGGUUGUAAAAGCAUCACAUCCACCCUAGGACAAUCAUACAGUUAGUUAUUUUUUUGUAAGGUGCGUUGAGAUAUUAUCAGUUUUAACCUGCAGUGCAAAUUGCUGGUUAAUGAGCAGGUUUUGUUUUAUUGUCAAUAAUAAACCAUUCUAAUUGUGAUAGAAUAGCAGUUUAGCUGUAGUAGAAAUGGAUUUCCUGAGGAAAGAAAUCUGAUGCUCUCAGUAAAAAAAAAACCUAUUGCAUUCCACCAUAUUUUGAUUAUCAAUACAUUGAGAUACUUUUAAAAAAUAUUAUAAUGCCCUAUUAACAGCUAUUAAUGUCUUGACUUGUAAUUUCCAAAUAGAAGUUUAGAGACUUACAAGUACCUGUGACUGCACCAAUAACCCUAGGGAUUGUCAUGUCCAGUGCAAUGGUGGGUUUUGAAAUUGCAUCAUAUUCAAUGGAAUCAUCAGUGCAACAAGACUUCACACGGUUGUUUUUGUUACUGAGCUACAAGGAGGAUGAAAAAUACAUAGGGCCUGGUGACCUAUUUACUUGAGCAUCUUCCAAAUUAAAAUGGAAAUGCUCCUGCUUUACAUUUGACUAUCUGCAUGGUAUGAUUAUUUCAUUUUCUUCCUCAGUUGCUUAAAUGGUGUUGUCACCAUUUGUUCUGUGUACAGGAGCUGUUGUAUACCUCAUUUCUAACUCAUGACUGAGUAACUCGCUUUAAUCUCCCCCCUCAGAGUGGCUGAACCUGCCACUGACUGUAUACUUUUUUAAAAAAAAAUCUGGCAUGUAUCAGCACUAGCACGGCAGGAGAAUAACAACAGUCAGAAUUGACAACUAAAGUUUAAGGAAGCAUUGGGCAUAUUGCAAUCCUUUAACUUUUUCAGUUUCCUUCCACAUCCUUCCUCCCUCCCACUGAAUUUUUAGCCAAACUGUUAAACCACUUUCUUCUUCUUAGCCAUGCCUAAUGGCAUAUGAGGCAACCGAUUGAUUUCCCUGCUUUAUGCUUCCACAACAUAACCUGGACAAGUUGUUGGCCUGACUCACAACUCCUUACAUGAAGAACUGGUUAGAUAUGAUGGCAGGCCACCCCUUCACUCCUACUGGAUGUGUGUAUCCUGUUGGAUGUCAACCCAGUAUUCGGUGACUGAAACUCUCGUCUCUGGUCAUUGGGACAGGCUAUUGAACCUAGUUAAGUGAAUAUAUAGGCUGAUUUAACUUGCUGAAUUUCUACUAUUAUGUACAUGAAUCAGGAGGAUAAAUAUAUUUUUAAACAUUCAACCAAAUUACUGAUGCUUUCACAGAUAAUAGCCUCAUCAUCUGUUGCUUAAGACCACACUUAUUAAAUACAAAAAAUUAUAGUUUAUAUGCUUAUCUACAACAAGCCUAAUCCCUGAUGAGAUGCAUUUCUGUCCACUGAAAACUAAAAUACAUCACAAUAUAAUCAUUCUCCUUGCCUCCAUCCCUCAGCUAUACUGAAGUCCAAACAAAUGAAUGCACAGUAGUGCUCAUAGCCAAAUAUUGGUUGAAUAAUAAAUGGCUGUUCAGUUUUGACAAUCUUGUAUGAGAUCAGGUAAGGGUGUUGCGUCCAUCAUUAAAAAUACCCUGAGAAUAACACUCAUUCUCUGAAUGUAAAUGUUAGUGAUGGUCUUUCCUGCCAUGCUUAGCGCUUUUAUUACAUGCCAACAACCUUACAUUGUGCUGAUAAAACCAAAGACUUAUUAAUGAUUGUAUGAAUUAAAUUUUUUAAAUGUCUUCAGUCCUACACUAAUCUUAUUUCAAAAGUGUGAAUUGCUUACAGUGACAAAAGAAUUGCAUAAAGCAAAAGAAAUCUGCUUCAUUCUGUCCACCAAAAAUGUAGAGGGACUGCUGAAAGUGGAGCCCAUGUGCUAUUUGAUUGGUUAAAGGACUGGAGAUUCCUGUGGUAGGAUUGGCUCUUCUGAGGGGCAUUUAUCCCUUUGGGCUGGGUGAUCUGAAUUAAUACACACUGAGGUGCUCUUCAGAACUGACUGUAACUGGCUGGACGCUGCCAUUUCAUUUUGCGAAAGGAAAAUGAAGACUAAAAAGAUGUAGCUUGCUUACAAGGGUUUCAUCUCCUUUUCAUAAUACCACUGUGCAACUAUGCAUUGUAUUCCUCAACCUUGUGCUAGAUAGAGACUCAGUACUUUUUUGUGUGGAGAAGGGUGGAUUUUUUUUUGUGUUCAGUGAUUUUUUUUUGAGUACUAAAUGGGGGUUGUAGGAUCAUACAAGCUCUAUCCCAAAGCGAAAUACAAAUGUUAACAUUCGCCUAAUGCAGAUACCAAAGAUUUGUUUCUUCUUUGCAACCUUAAUUGUGUAUUAAAUGCAAUUACCCAGCAGGCAUUAGUCUAACCUCAGUAAUUCCAAAGCUUAGAUGUAUAUUUUGGUAUAUUUCUGGGAUAAAAGGUUUUUUUUUGUCAAAUCCUUGUUCGUUUCAGUGUAUUGCUCUUAAGUCAUGGCAUGAGAUAAAAAAAUAAAUUGUCUUACUUGGUAGUUUAAGAUAUAGUAUUUUUGUAUGUUUUGGGUGUGUCUUUGUGUGUGAGAACAUAACUGUUUUUCACUGCCUAGUUGUUCAUAGUUUUAAAAGUGUACAUAUUAUCCAAUUUUGGACGUCCGCAGGCUUGUAUUCUUUAGAUGUGUUAUUUAUUGGAAGGUUUUUUAAAAACAAAGUUUUUCAAUAGGCAGUAUUCCUUUCUUAAAUAAAAAAAAAUAUCUACAUAAUAUCUUUCAAAAAUGAAAUCAUUUAAAAAAUUUAUAUCCACCUUUUUCCCAACAAAGUAAUUCAAUUUGCUGUGAAGUUUUUCAUUAGGAAUGCAAGAAUCCCAAAAUUUCCAUCCAGACCAAUACAAAAGGUGGUUACCGGUGCCUACUGUUAAAUUGUAUUAAAUGUAAAAUCCUAGAAAAUUGGCAAAUAUUUUGCCUUUUCCAAUAAAUUAUUAGUUACUUUGGUUCAGGGUAUUCCAUCCUUCCUUCCUUUCCUCCCUUCUUUGUUCUCUGGCCUGGCCUGCCAGUGAGCCUGCUUUAAAGAAAAAGUUAAACUGUUAACGUUUGUGCAUAUUAUUCAGUGGAUGACUGACAGACGAAAGAGACCAGAUAAAUCUAUAAUUCAGUAAUCCCACAUGACAACAUCACCAAUAUUGAUAUUCCUAAGGAGCGAACCUGAUGAUUACAUCUGAUCACAUUUGAACUUAAUUAAAUCAGGAAUUAUGGAAACUGAAGCAAAAGGGCACUUUUGCUAGCCUAAAAUGAUAUGUAGAUAUGAUUUUUGAUGGCCUUUUACAUGUAUUCAAUAAAUGAAUGCUGUAUGGGACCAAGAAAAAAGGGAUACUGUUACCAAUAAGUAAAUUUCAUGACUAAUUAACUCAUUAUCUCUGAAUGAAGAUGUGUAACAACUCAGCGGGUGUAACUGUUAAGAUUUUCAACUGCGUUGAACUAUCCCCACAUGUGCAUGGUGUAUUUCUUGUACAAUAAGACUGCAGCACAGGUAACCUGCGGACGUCCCUGUAUCCAGUGCACCUUAAUGCAGUACCACUGUUGAGUGUGUUCACAUAUACCCUGACAACAAUUUUUUGUAUUAACUUCUAAUAGAUGGUUACAAAUGUCGGACCUUUGCCAGUGCAAAUAUCCCAAAAAACUACAACUAAUGUGAGGUGAAACCAUCUUGUACUAAUUGCUAUUAGUUCUUGGCAGGACUGGGAUAACCAGCCCUGUUUCAAAAAGCCCUAAACUGAAAUUCAAUUGAUGGCAACUGAAAAGCUAAAGGAAGCUUCCAACAUGGUAUCCUGAAAUGUUUGUUGCUCUGGGGCAAGAUGCAGUUCUCCUAAAAUAAAUGCUGAAAAUUUCAACAGUAACAAUAAACAAAAGCUAUUGCUAUUAUGAUAUUUGAAACUGAUGAUAUGUUAGAAUAAUAUCUUCAGAGAAAUCCAAUAGGCACUCAAUUGAUGGAUAUAGUUUGCUUAAACAAUUGUUGUUAAAAACCUGUUGGUUAGACUGUCGAUUUUGUCAAGAUGGACUUUUCAGCAAUUUGAAUAGAAGGUUACAAAAAAAAACAACAGAAUUUGUUUAAACAGUAAUGUUUGAUAAAAGGGAAAUAGUGCAGGAUAGUGCAAAAAAAAAUCACUGUUUGAUCGUGUGGAGGAUUACAUUCUUGCUUUCCAGUUUCCCAAAUUUAUCAGUUGGUAAUUGAGCUGGUUACAAGCCUCUAUAAUUACAAAACAAUUGCACUGAAUUUGGUCCGUAUAUUUUUGCAUCAGUCCAACACAAAUUCAAAACUUGGUAAUGAAGACAACUUCCUGUGAUGUUCUUCUGGAUGCAUGGCUUGAAGCUUUUCCAAAAAGUAUCAACAUCUUGAUCUGUAACUGGAAACAUCUAGUCUUGAUGAACCACAAGUGAGAUUGCAACUAAUUUAUAUCAGCAUUGCUCCUCAUUAAGUGCUGCCAUUGCUUUCUAUGAAAACUUAAUGUUUAAGGGUCUCCUCCAAAAUAUAUGAAAAUGUUGUCAUAAAGUCAUAUAGAAAGGACUGACCAAGUUAAACAACUUUGUAUGCUGCUUGUAAUUUGCAGGCUGCUUAAUGAAGACCCCUUUAAUGCUCAUUACUUUUUAUGGAAAUUAAGCAGUUCUAGAUAAAACAUUAUACUGAAUUGGAGAAGUUAUUACAGAAACGGAAUGGCUGGGCAAGGCGUAAGAGAAAUUAACAUAUCCAGCAAACUAAAAUCUUUACUGUUGGCUUUGUAAAGAGAUUCAGUUCCUCCAUUUACCAAAUUGAUGUGUAAGUGAAGUUCUACAUAUCCAUCUAAGUAAUAGCUUAUAGUUAUAAUCUGGUUCCUUAUUUAAUGUUAUUGAAGCUAUUCAUACAAAUUGCUCAAAAUUUUGAGUUUUUUCAAAACGGCUUGACCUUUAUAAAUUAUUCCAGUGUCACCAUAUUAUUGGGUAAAUAUCACACUAUUUAAUUUGACCCAAAAUUUAAUUUGUUUGCACUCUUGUUCAGGCAACAACUCUGUUUGGCCAGAAAAAGUUUUACUGUUGCAUUCUGAUGAUCAGGAUUUCCCUUGUGCUCUCAUUACCUGGGGCUCUCUGUCCUGUUGACUAUCGGUAUGAUUUAAAAAUGCUUGUCUUCUGCAUAGUUUAUUACCUAUUUAUUACCUGGCUACCUUCAAUGAUUGCCCCAAACCACUGAUCUAAAUAUUUUCCAAUCCAGCUGAAAGAGGUCUUCACUGUUUAUUUUAAAUUGACCUUAGACCGAAGUAAUUUUAUUAAAUGGUGAAAAACAAUCACAGUUCCCAAGAAAAGUUUUCCUAUUAUCAGUGACUUUAAAAUAAACCCAACAGAAUAAUUCUGAUAAAGUACAUGCAGUAUUGUUUAAAAGAUCUAGUGUAUAACACUAGCAACUAGCAAGUUUAUCUAGUUUGCAAGCAAAAGUAUUACCAAGGUAAAAGGUGGUAAAAUUUAAAAUUCUGCACCUGUAAAUCUACUGUUUAUGAAUAUGAAAAACAAAUUGCAUUUGGCAUUGAUUUGCCCUUUGGUGCCUCCAGAUGAAGAUCAAUGUCAGUUGGCUAGUAGAAAACUUAUAAAUAGACAAUUGUUCACCAAGGUAUAACUUCAAGAAUGGCAGUAUUUCCUAAUCUAAAUUAAUCUGUGCAUUAGCUAUUGUGGCCAUUAGAUAUUUCACUUGAUCAAUUGAGCAUUUUGUUUAAAUUGGCUAAGAAAGAAAGUUUGGUGGGAGCAAUGAAAGUAGUGAAUAUGAAAGAGGCAAAAUGAGAAAAAAAACUUUGUGAACAUUUUGCCAUAUUUAUAUCAACAUGUUGGAGUCAUCAAGAUCCAUACAUUUUUUAAAAACCUGACUCAAUGGGAUUCAGAAUUGUUACAUCACAGGAUGGUAUGUCUUUUUAUUACUGAUAUAGCAGUUUCAGUUUAACCCAUAGCCAACUGCAACAUUUUACUGUGAAUUUCUUAUACACUAAAUGGCAUGACCUUUUGAAGAGUAGUAAUGGAAAAUUUAAAAUGGCUCUAACCUUUGAGGUUAGAAGCAGGAAUGUGACAUUAUGUUGUGUAUAAAGUAUUUCCAACAAUAAACUGGUGUGAAUGCACACUUCAUUGUAAUUGUCUACUGACACAUUGCAGCAGUAAGGCAUUAUUGUUAAGCAUUGAUUUGUAUAUUGCUGUGUACUGGUAUAACCAUAUGAACUUACAAUGUACAGUAUCUUUCUGGCUCAUGAUAAACUCAAUUAGAAGUGCAAAGAUUAACAUUUGGGAAAAUGUACGAACUCAACUGUCAGGAUAUUAAAUUUUACACUUUGACAAAUUUAGUUAUUUGAUUUUAUUUAGUGUUUUUGUUUAUUUCUGGUGCUAAAUAUUCUGCCCUGUUUAGUGUUAGGUUUUCUUAAUACUUCAUUCAUGAAUGACAUGGGUACACAUUUGCAGAUCUUUUCAGUUGUGUCUUUUUUCAUUGUGUAUUCAAUCUUUUAACACAUUUAUAUAAAUUUAACUGGAAUCGAUUAAUUGAAUCUCAGUGAUGAAGGGGCCUUUAAUAUACUACUGAUAACUUUAGAAAAACAUUUUUGUCAAAUUUAGUUGGGAAUUGCUGGGAAAUUGCUUAUCCUUUAAGGGGACUCAGCAUUUUGAAUAAUGGUUGAACCAACAACAAUAUUUGGGUUUAGCAUGGACUUUGAAGCAAUUGAUUGUCCUUUUUUCAAGGCAUCGGAAGUAGGCAGUUACUUUCAACACUUAAAAUUUAGUGGUUAUUAGAUAUGAUCAUUUCAUUAACAAUAGCUAUGUAGUUGUAGAAAAUAAUUUAAAAUCCAGUACCCUGUUGGAUGAGAACAAAAACAGGUCCCAUUAACUCAAGUUAGUUGGAUGACUAAUUUAGGAAGGAAAUUUAAUGUGGUGAAAGAUUUAUAUACUUCAAAGCAUUUUAUAUCUACAAAUGUAAAAAUUUACUAAAUUCUGACUAGGAAUCUAUAAGCCACCUUUUACAGAUUUUAACUACUUUUUCAGUUUUUCAGUUUUCAGAUUCCUAUAUUUUCCUCUGGUCAUUUAACUAGCUAUCUGCAGGUUGGGAAUGAUUCCACCUCUCUAACAUGGAAUGCUGUUACAUGCUUUAUUUAGAAAAUUGGUUCAUAAAAUGUGUAUAAGUAGAUAAAUUAUCAGCCAACAUAUCAGUAGAAGUUUAAACUGGAACUGAGAACCUGUAUUGGGAGUUUCAACACAGGAGCCAGAAAAACAAACUGAUCUAAAUUAGUAGGUGACAACUAGAACUUGGCACAAUUUUCCAUCCUUCCCAAUCAAGAUAUGACAACAGCAUUCCUUGAAUUUAAGAUUAAAAGAAAAGAUUGAUUUAGAUGAUUGCACAUAUCUCUGAUUUUACAUGAUGCUGCCUGGUUUUUAAGAUCAUGUUAAGUGGCUACUAGUCUGGUCUGCUGUACAUUGGAUAAAUAUUUGAGCUUUAAGGUUUAAUUUAUUCCCCACCCUUUUAAUUUAAAAAAUAUCUAUUCAAACAAGAGCCUAUUUUUCUAAUUUAUUAUGAAACCGGAUACACAGCGAUGGGUAUUCAUGAUGAACUGCUCAGUUGUAUUAGAAAUGCAAAUUUAACAAUAUUGCUUCUGUCUGCAUUAAGGUACUCUUUGGUUCUUAACUUCCCUUUUCAAAAUCAGUUCCAUUGUAUAGUGAGUAAUUGCAGAUAAAGCUGUCUUCAAUAACUGCCAUGAAAGAAUUCCAUUGCAGCUAGAUUUUUUUGUAUUGUAAUGUGGUCAUUUUAUCUAAUCAUUUUGUAUUCAUUUUUGUAAUGGCGUCUUGGUUCAUUAAAAAUCUGACUUAAAUGCU